AUGAACAGGCUUAACACGACGUCGGUCUCAUUGGCCGUUACGCCGACGGUUGUAACCACCUUGUUUUCACAUUACCUGAAUAAGAAGAGCUUGAAAGAGCACCCGACCACGCAUCUGUCGUACGACGAGGGACUACAUCUCAUUCGGUCGUUCCUCGAAUAUGCCUCGCAGCACACUGUCGAAGAGAUCCAGGGAUUCACGGCUCAAUGGGUCCCGCACCCGCAAUGGGUCAAGCUUGAAAGCGUCACGAUUCCUGACGAGCACCUCCGCCGAGCAGCAGAAUUGAUAGAGGGAGAGCUGGGGCCUGAUGGCAUCCGUCAGAUUGGCGGCAGGAAAUGGUGGCACUGGCGAGGACCGAAAGGCCCGUUGGAGGCUGAGUGGAUCGAGAUGCGGGCGGAUGCCAAUGAGCGGAAAAAGAACAACGAACCACUGCGUCGUGUGAUGCUUUACAUACACGGGGGUGCGUAUUAUUUCGGGAGUGUCGACGAACAUCGCUACCAGAUGCAACGACACGCGAGAAAACUAAAAGCUAGAGUCUUUGCACCGCGGUACCGUCUGGCUCCUCAAUUCCCAUUCCCAUGUGGCCUUCAGGACUGUUUGGCAGCUUAUUUAUAUCUGCUUACAACGCAAGACCCAAGCACGAUUAUCUUUGCUGGAGACUCGGCAGGUGGUGGCAUGGUGACGUCCAUGCUAUGCCUUCUUCGAGACCAAGGAAUUCCAUUGCCCGCCGGGGGCAUCCUUAUUAGUCCUUGGGUUGACUUGACGCACUCGUUUCCAAGCCUUGGCCUUGAGACGCCGCUGGAUUAUAUACCACAGUCAGGCUUUCACCACAAGCCAUCAAGGGCAUGGCCGCCGCCCAAUGAUGAUGAUGUGAAUAUGCUCCACGCAGAGGCGGAGAAGCGCAAGAAGGGCGAUAAGAAAGGGGCUCCGUCUACGGCUGAACUAGAGCAGAAACAACAGGAUCCCGUGGUUCCGGCAAGUGAUGGCGAAGCAGGUGUUCAUAUUGACAGCAGUGGCCUUUACACCGAGACGGAAAAAUUUCUAACCGUUACAAUCGAUGGGGAGCUGAUUACCAUGAAGGACCAAAUUCAAAUGUAUACAACGAAUGCUCUUCUAUCACACCCACUGGUGAGCCCUGUCAAGCAGCCAACGCUUGGUGGGCUGCCGCCUCUUCUGAUUACUGUCGGAGGCGGCGAGCUUCUUCGUGACGAGCAGAUUUACUUGGCCCACAAGUGUGCCAACCCGACAAAAUACGCACCGCCGGACGCAGACUUGACGGACCACGGAAGGGAAUUGCUUGCCAAGUACAAGCCUACUUAUGUGCAACUUCAAGUGUGGGACGAUCUAUGCCACGUUGCCCCGACUCUCAGCUUUACAAGCCCGGCCAAGUACAUGUACAGAUCGAUUGCGCAGUUUGGAGCCUGGGCCCUAGCGCGUGCGCAGAACAGAGACAUUGAGAUUAUGGAUGACGAUGCGAUUUCGGUCAUUACUAGCUCUGGCUCUGAUACGGAAGCUGGGGGCCAGGUAGAACAAGAUCUGAAUAAAGAUAAACAAACAGCGGACGACUCAACGCCUGCAGAGGUUGGAAGAGCAGGAGAUCCACUUCCGCCAUUCAAGAAUUACAUGAUUCGACAGCGAAUAGCCCGGAAUGGCGCCAUUUUGCCUCUUCCUCGGGAGGAAGAGCUGCCUGGAUGCACCAUGAAGCCCGAGGAAAUUGGAGUUAUUAAAGAAGGUCCUGUGAGGAAGUGGCUGGAAACCAAGCGCACAUGGGACCACAAAUACGCCAGCGCAAGGGCCAAAACGCAUAAAAAGAUUAUCAAGGAAAUGGUUGAGGGGUAUAAAGAUUUUGGCGUGGAUGAGCGUCCGCCGCCAACUGCACUGGCUGGGCGAAUACCCGUGGGUGCCGAGUUGCAAUCAGGGAAGAGAAGGAGGAGUUUUGGCCUAGCCAUCUGGUCCCUCUGGGGAUCAAAACACGACGAGAUGACGGUAGAAAGGGAGCAGAAAGCUAAUUACGAGCCCGAGAUGCAGGCCGUUACUCCAGAUCUGAGUAAUGGCGUCUCGUCACCCUCUGGAGCCAACAAGCCUGGGCAUAGCCGCAGACCUUCUCAUCAGCGGAUUGUGCGAGAUGAGCAUCAAACCGGCAGCGAAGAGACGGAAGGGGAAACUGCUGUUGAGCAGUUGAUUGCCAUGCGCCGGGAGCAGGAGGCGGCUCACGAUGGCCUCCUCAGCCCGGAUUAUUCUCCUGAAACGGGCGUCGCCGGAAAGAGGCCAUUCCUUGACGGCAUUGCCUUGCCGUUUAGCAUUAGAAAUGACGCGGAGACAGCGAGCAUGAUUACGCUAAAUUCAACAAUGACGCCUGGAUCUCGGCCAAUGAACGAAGAGAAGCCUUCUGCAAAUGGUGUGGAUGAGGACAAUGAGAAAGUAGAGGUGCAGCGUCGGGCCAUUGAGACAUUUUCGACAGCUAAAGAGGAGUUACCACAGGUCAAGGUAGAGAUGUGA